GCAUCCACACACUUGAUCGUCUCCACCAGACAGGCACUAUGACGAUGGUCGCACCCUUUCCAUGGGUCUCUUCCACGACUAUUCGCUGCUCCGCUGCUCCGCGGUUUCCGGCCAUGACGAGCACCUUCGUAGCCGACUAUUUUUAGCCGGCCACACGCCGAACCUUUUCGUCGAUGGCUACGGCAACUCGAGCCGGCGGAUUGCGCGGCCACGAAGGCUUCUCUACUGCUCUGCUCUCAAUUUCUCGUCAAUAUCCACAAUCCAUCUGUUUCUACUACUUUAUUUACUUUCACAACUUGAUAAGCAAAUCACCUUGCACGUGAUAUCAACAUCCCAUUGGGUCACACGAAAAGGCUAUGGACCGGCCUCCCGGAUACCGGAUAGAAGAUGGGUAUCAGCUACAUGACCUUCCAGAUUUACCACCCGCUGCGACCCCAGUGGACAGUCCUGAGACCCCUCAAAGAGAUCUGGAGCAUCCGUUGCAUUCGCCAGACGUUAAUCACCGGCUGCUGGACGACGACGCUCAUCACCAGUCGCAGCAUUACGAUCCUCCGACGCCACUGUCUUCUAAUUACAGUUUCGAGCAUGAGUCGCAUUAUGACCAGCCACGGCCGCUGUCUUCUUCGUACAGUUUUGCCGACGACGAAGCACACGGCUACAGCUCCGGCGAUGAUCCUGCACGCACUGAAAACAGCUGGGUACGGCGGCAGCAAACCGUUCGGCAGGGUGCCGGUGUCAAACGUUCCAAGACUCGUAAAAUCAAACUCGUUCAGGGCUCGAUCUUGAGCGUUGACUAUCCCAUUCCAAGUGCAAUACAGAACGCAAUUGAACCGCGCCAUCGUCACGCUGAAGGCAGUUUUGGUGAGGAGUUCACUAAGCUGCGGUACACUGCAGCUACAUGUGACCCAAACGACUUCACUCUUGCCAACGGUUACAAUCUUCGUCCAGCCAUGUACGGGCGACACACAGAGCUGCUUAUCGCCAUCACGUAUUACAACGAAGACAAGACCCUCCUUGCUCGCACCUUGCACGGCACCAUGCGUAACAUGCGCGAUAUCGCCAGGCUGAAGCGAUCUAAAUUUUGGAAUGUGGGUGGGCCUGCUUGGCAAAAGAUCGUGGUGUGCCUUGUAUUUGAUGGUAUUGACAACGUGGACAAAGAAGUAUUCGACAUCUUGGCCACUGUUGGAAUUUACCAAGAUGGAAUCCUCAAGAAAGAUGUCAAUGGCAAAGAGACGGUGGCGCACAUCUUUGAGUACACCAGCCAGAUCUCUGUUACACCAGAACAUCACCUUGUCCAGCCUAAAGCUAAUGACGAAUCUGGGGCUAAUCUUCCACCUGUACAAUUUAUAUUCUGCCUCAAGCAGAAGAACAGCAAGAAGAUCAACUCUCAUCGUUGGUUGUUCAACGCGUUUGGCAGAAUCCUAAACCCGGAAGUCGCAAUCUUGAUUGACGCUGGAACCAAGCCUGGCCCUCGCUCGUUGCUAUCGCUCUGGGAGGCAUUCUACAACGACAAACAUCUAGGCGGUGCCUGUGGGGAAAUUCAUGCUAUGCUGGAAGGCGGAAAAGCGUUGCUCAACCCAUUGGUCGCCGUCCAAAACUUUGAGUACAAAAUCUCCAACGUUCUCGACAAACCCCUAGAAAGUGCUUUCGGAUACGUGAGUGUCCUACCUGGAGCGUUUUCUGCAUAUCGCUUCAGAGCGAUUAUGGGACGUCCUCUUGAACAGUAUUUCCACGGAGAUCACACUCUAUCAAAGUUGCUGGGACCAAAGGGCAUUGACGGAAUGAACAUCUUCAAGAAGAAUAUGUUCUUGGCUGAGGAUCGAAUAUUAUGCUUCGAACUAGUGGCGAAAGCUGGGCAGAGCUGGCACCUUUCCUACGUAAAAGCAUCGAAAGGAGAAACCGACGUUCCCAAUGGAGCCGCGGAGUUCAUUGGACAAAGACGACGAUGGCUCAAUGGGUCCUUUGCAGCAUCCCUGUACUCGAUCAUGCACUUUUCUCGACUGUAUCGAUCAGGCCACGGUAUCAUACGCCUCUUCUUCCUGCACGUCCAGCUCGUGUACAACGUGACCCAAGUCAUCUUCACAUGGUUUUCUCUCGCCUCAUACUACCUGACCACGACCGUUCUCAUGACCCUUGUUGGCAAUCCCCAGCCCGAGGCGGAUUAUCACGGAUGGCCAUUUGGCGACAAGGCAAGCCCAAUAUUCAAUACCGUCGUCCGAUGGAUAUAUGUGGCUUUCUUGAUCUUGCAAUUCAUUCUCGCUUUAGGAAACCGACCGAAAGGCGCGCGAAAGAGCUACAUAGCUUCUUUCGUCGUUUUCGGUGCUAUCCAAACGUACGUUAUGGUCCUGACUGUAUAUCUGGUUUAUCGAGCUUUCAGCGCCGCGCCUAUCGAAGAUCAAAUACGUGUCGGUUCCGGUAAAGCCUUCUUUGACUCCUUCUUUCGCGGUGACACCGGAGUAGCAGGCUUGAUCCUGAUCGCGAUCAUCACUAUCUACGGCUUGAACUUCGUUGCGAGUUUCCUUUACCUCGAUCCAUGGCAUAUGUUUCAUUCUUUUCCGCAAUAUCUUGUUCUCAUGUCGACGUAUAUCAAUAUACUCAUGGUAUACGCGUUCAACAACUGGCACGACGUCAGUUGGGGCACCAAGGGAUCCGAUGUUGCCGAGUCUCUACCGUCCGCUACCAUCACCAGAGGGAAAGUACCAGCCGUUUUAGAAAUAGUACAGGGACAAGACGAUCUCGAUGCAAAAUUUGAGCAAGUUGUCAGACGCGCCCUUACUCCCAGCAAGCCUUACGAUGGUGGAUCACAGCGCAAGGAAGCCGAGGAUUCGUAUAAGAGCUUUCGCACUGGGAUUGUGUACUCCUGGCUAUUGUCCAAUAUCGCGUUGAUCAUUGCUAUCACCAGCGAUGUCUUCAUCGACUAUGGUGUCGGGGAGGCGUUGACCACGAGAACACCAUAUUACUUCCGCGUUCUGCUCUAUGCUACAGCAAUCUUGUCGCUUGUGCGGUUCUUUGGCUUCCUCUGGUUCUUGGGUUCCACUGUUCUGACAUGGCUAGUCAGCAAAAGGUAAACCCAGAACCACUUUCGUGUUGAGAUGGGGAAAGUUCUGUUCGUGAAUAAACCGGCGUCGGGUGUUUGUGUUUAUAGUUAUUUUGCGCAUGGAUCCCGGUUUUUCGGAAACAAAAUAUGUGCAUCAGUAUGGAGGAGCAAGGAAAUUUGGCAUUUAAUUUGAAUAGAAAAUGACCAUCAAAUAUUUUGAUGC